AUGAAGUUGCUCAAUAUUGUGGCUGUUGCCGGUGCCCUCGCGGUUGCCGCAGGCAAACAAGUAUCGGGAGUGUUCACUAGCUUUGAUUCCCUCAAGUAUCAAAAGGGUGCCAACUACCCAAACAUUACUCCAGCAACCCCUAGUUGGGUUGCAACUCUCAGCUGGAGCUUGGACGCCGCCAAGGUGGCUCCAGGCGACACUUUCACCCUUACCUUGCCUUGUGUUUUCAAGUUCACCACUGACUCCAACACCAUCAACUUGCAAGCCGAUGGUGCCACCUAUGCCACCUGUACCUUGACCGGCGGUGAGAUCUUGGUGCCUUACUCUUCCAUGCAGUGUACUGUUACCAACCAGAUCAGCAAUGUCAACCUGGCUGACGGUACUGUUUACUUCCCACUCACCUUCAGCGUGGGUGGCUCUGCUAACCUGGCCGAUCUCCAGAACGCUAACUGUUUCACUGCUGGUACCAACACCGUCACCUUCAAGGACGGCGACAAGGCCCUCUCCACCACUGUCGACUUCAAUGGCGGCUCCUCCAACAACCAGGGCAUCGACUCCUUGAACUACAACCUCAAGGUGCUUCCUAGCAUCAACACCUACCAACACUACGCUUUGGCUGGUAACUGUCCCGACGGUUACUCCUCGGGUACCCUUGGUAUUUCGGGUGUGAAUGCGGUAAUCGACUGCAGCUCGGUUCACGCAGGUAUCACCAACGAUAUCAACGCUUGGUACUACCCUAAGAGCUCGUCCUCCGACUUCCAAUUCCAAGCAAGCUGCUCCUCCAACCAGUACACCAUCACCUACAGCAACAUUCCUGCUGGCUACCGUCCUUUCAUCGAUUUCCUCUCCACCAACCCAGGAGUAAGUCUCAGAACUGUCUACACCGAUACCUUCACCUGUAAGAACGGUAGAAGAACAAACGAUGGUUUGACCAGAACCUGGGGUUCCUACAAUAAUGGUGGAACUGGUUCCAACGGUAACGUCGUGAAGAUCGUCACACUGACUUGGACUGGUACUACUACCGGAAUCACAACCUUGCCUUUCUCCACCGGCCCAGGAAACACCCAAACUGUUGUUGUUGAAGUGCCAGUUCCAACCACCACUGUUACCAGCACUUGGACUGGACUGUGCUCCUCCAGGUCAAACCGCUACUGUCAUCGUUGAAGUUCCUGUACCUGUUGUGACUAAGACUACCCCAUGGACUGGUACUUUUACAUCUACUACCACUGCCACUGGUUCAGAUGGUACCAAUACUGUGAUCAUUGAAACUCCUGUCCCUGCUACUACUUACACUACCCCAUGGACUGGCUCUUUCACCACUACCGUCACUAGAACCGGAACUGGAACCAACAC